AGGUUCACAACGUUGUUUUUCUCAUCCUCUCUCUCCCUUUUUUCUUUCUACGGGUAUACCUUGCUUUUGCUUUAGUUGAAACUCGAAAGCGUGUGAUUGUAACAGAAGACGAAAGAGAAACUCACAAAGGAAGUGGUUGCAGCAACAACAACUCACAGAAACAGAAACUGAAAGAAGAGAGAGAAUGGAAGAAAGAAGUGAUUGCAGCAAUAACAAAAACAACAACCCAAAAGGAAAAAGAGAUGACCUUUACCAUGUACUUCACAAGGUUCCUUAUGGAGAUAGUCCUUAUGUCAGAGCCAAGCAUGCUCAGCUGGUAGAGAAGGACCCGGAAGGUGCAAUUGUAUUAUUUUGGAAAGCAAUAAAUUCAGGGGACAAAGUGGAUAGUGCUUUAAAGGAUAUGGCUGUGGUGAUGAAGCAAUUAGACAGAUCUGAAGAAGCCAUUGAAGCCAUAUCCUCGUUUAGAGGCCUUUGCUCGAAACAAUCUCAAGAGUCCCUUGAUAAUGUACUUAUAGAUCUUUACAAGAAAUGUGGUAAAAUAGAUGAGCAAAUAGAAUUGCUGAAGAGAAAGCUGAAAUUGAUAUACCAAGGCGAGGCCUUCAAUGGGAAACUCACAAAGACAGCACGGUCUCAUGGCAAGAAGUUUCAAGUUUCUAUUAAACAAGAAACUUCAAGAUUACUGGGAAACCUGGGCUGGGCCUACAUGCAAAAGAUGAACUACGUGAUGGCCGAAGUGGUGUAUCGGAAAGCCCAAAUGAUCGAUCCAGAUUGUAACAAGGCUUGUAACUUGGGCCUAUGCCUCAUAAGACAAGCCCGAUAUGAAGAGGCACAAUUGAUUCUAGAAGAUGUAGUAAAAGGAAAACUUCUAAGCUCUGAUGAUAGCAAGUCAAAGAAACGGGCGCAAGAUUUUCUAACAGAGUUGAGAUCUAUACUACCUCCCCCACAUUUUCAAGAUCUUUUGGGCCUAGAUGAUGAGUUCAUCAAAGGCCUGGAACAAUUGAUGAAUGAAUGGGGACCAGUUAGAUCAAAGAGACUUCCAAUUUUUGAGGAGAUUUCUUCAUUUAGAGAUCAAAUAGCAUGUUAGGUUCAUACUAUAUACAGCUUUCUUGAAUUGAGUCAUUGGUAUUUUCUUCUGUUCCCUUGGGAUUGGUUUAUCUUAAGGUAUGCGUGAGGAACUAGCUUUUGUCUCUCUCUCUCUCUCUCUCUCUCCCCCCCCCCCCCCCCCUUUCUCUUUCUUUCAUGGAGUGGAGGUUUUUUCUUUUUUGUAUUUGGAAGAUGGGUAGGACAUAAUGUAGGGACUAAAAUGGGGUGAAGAUAUCGAUGUAUAUUAAUAAUGAAACGAAAGCAAUAAUGUUAAUGUAAAAUCUAGUGAGAAGUUAUUCGAAAAUCCACAUAUUUGUUAG